CAACAUUCUCUUUCCAUUAUCUUUUACACUACUUCUCUGCAUGAAAAACUAAAACAAGCAAAACACAGCGUAUAGUUUACUGGCAAUGGAGGACACUGAGCCAACAAGUAGAGAGACAACAACAGGACAAGAUGGGACUCAGGAGGCAGACCAUGCUGUGCUGAUGUCCAGCAAGCCUCUGCAUCGCUUCAUCCAGAGAGAGCCCAGAAAUCUUGGGAUUGUCAUUCUGAUCUUUGGCUGUGCAGAGCUCCUGAUGGGAUUCCAGCUGGCCAGUGAAAGCAUGCAAACCUCUUGUGGAAUCUACAUCCCGUUGUGGCAGGGAGCUCUGUUUCUCAUCUGUGGAAACCUGUCUAUCUACACUGAGAUCCAUCCAUCCAAGAAGAUGGUGACUCUGUGUUUGGCCAUGUAUGUGAUUUCAAUCUUGGGAAUCGUAGUCUCUAGUUGCUACAGGAUAAACUGCUUCGCCACUUAUCUUUUUAUGAGCAGCAAGGCAAAAUACGACAAGGAGCAGGACUGGGCCACCAACAGAGUGGAACAACUUUUUGGUGUUGAAGGCUUACUGUUCACUUCCUCUCUAUGUGUGUCAGUGCUUCUCAUCUUCUUGUGUGCCGUUGCUCGUUUAGCACUGAAAUCCACACGAACUCAGGUUAUUGUCCAGCACAUCCCAGCACCACCACAGAGUGACGCAACAUCAAACUAAGAUCAGUCUUUUCAGUUUUCUUUCUACAAUAAGCACCACUUGUUUUCUUGCUGUUCACCUAUCCUGUGAAAGAAACAUGUCACAAUCCUGUGCAGUACAUUACAAGUGAAUGUUGCACCACCUACUGGCAGUAUCUUACAGCCAGCUUUUUUAUAGUUACCGUACUUCUACACUAAGCUUCUCUCUACAGUGUCUGUAACUACAAUAUUUAUUCAGUCUUUAUUAAAGGCACAGCUCAACGGUACAGUAAUAUUGUAAUGCACUGUUUGCUUUUUGCAAAGGUUGUUUGGGAAUGAAAGGGAUUUCUGUCAUCCCAUUUGAGAUAGAUAUUUUACAUGCACUUAUUAAGGGAACAUAGUAACCACUAAUAUCUCUAGCAAAGCUUAUGUGUACUUAAUGUAUAGGUCAUAGUUGACACAAGGUUAUAUUACAUUAUUCACAGUGCACAUUAGACUGAAUUAAAGCCUCAAGGCUAACAGGUCUCGCACAAUGUUAUUUCGCCUAAUCUUAAUAUACUAUAUUUUACAAACACUAAUGAACAUGUUAGGUAACACUAAAGUCAGGCAGAAGAUUAUCCUAAAUUUACAUUAAAAUAAAUUAGAAGUACUAUUUGCAUCUGCUCCACAAUCCCCCAACCCACAGGAAAUGCAGCCAUGACAGUUUUUAAUCUAAACAUACCCACCAAAAUUUCAAUGAUACAUUGUGGACACUGUAAAACUUGGAUUUGUGUAGUCAAUAAUUCUGAUCAUCUGCAUAAUUAUUACAGUAUAUGUACAUUGUUUGGGCAGAGCUUAUACUGUGGUAUAAAUUGUGCUUGCAGCUUUAAUCAUCAGUGUGAUCAUCUGUGUACUGCACAUCUAGCUGAAGAUAUUUUACACUGUGACUUUGGAUGAAUGAGCUGAUGUGGCUCUGUUUUGGUUACAGGACUGCACAUCCACCUGUGACUGCUACUUCAGCAAAAUUCUAAAAAACAUAUUUUUUGACACAUUAGGUUAUAUCUAUCUGGUAUAUUCAUAGCUAAGCUUUUGGCCUGAUGUGCAUGUUUAUAUAAUUCCGCGUGGUCAUCUACAUGACUAUGAUAUGAAGGGCCCGCCUGGAAACCUGUUGCCAUCUUUUGCCUGUGAAUGUGUGAAAAACAAAUUGAGACAGAAACCACUUUUCAAAGAUCCAGCUUUAGCUUUUAGCUAUAUUUGAUGUAACCAAUGUGAUGUAUGUUGUGUUUCUUAAAUAAUCAAUAAAAUGAA